AAAACUUUUUUCCUUUUUUUUUUUAUAAAAAGGCUACACAAAACAAACAUGCUCUGCAAAAACUGGAUUUUGUGUUGUAGUUUGCUGCCCCCUUUCUCUCUCAUCUCUCUCCUGAUUGUGUAAUCCUUUUGACGCCUUCUCCCUCUAUCGUCGGCAAUCAGCAAUAAAUAUUACACAAUCCUAAAACCUUAUUCUUCCGCCAUUUGUACGCAGCAAACCAAUUCAAGAGACAUAUAAUCGGAUGACGUGAAGAGAUUUUCAAUCAGAAAUGGCGUGUGUUGAUGUUAACGACGACCGUAGCAUCAAUCCAAUGAUUGGAUUGCAGGAGCCGAGCAUCGAUACCGACAAAUUGAGCUAUGAAAUUUUCUCCAUUUUGGAGAGCAAGUUUUUGUUCGGCUACGACGAUCAGCAGCUUUGGGUACAGAAGCCGAUUGCGGUGCAACCGAAGAGCGCCGUCGUUCCAGGCAUCGACGACGGCGGAGUUCAGGUGGCGAAGAAUCAGAGGGGGAAAAUCUGCAUCCUGAGCAUCGACGGCGCCGGUAUGCGAAGCAUUUUGUCGGGCAAAACGCUGGCGUAUUUGGAAACAGCGCUGAAGAACAAGUCGGGGAAUCCUGACGCCAGAAUCGCUGAUUAUUUCGACGUCGCCGCCGGCACAGGCGUCGGCGGAAUCUUCACAGCGAUGCUAUUCGCCGCAGGAGAUCAGAACCGUCCGAUUUUCCACGCGGACGACACGUGGAAGUUCCUCGCGGCGGAAGGGAAAAAGGUAUACUCCUUGGCGAGAACGCGGAGUUCGAGGAACGGUUUUCUCAAGCGUGUUUUUAAGAAAUCCGGCAGCGGCGGCGGCGGUUCGUCGACGGCGGGAAUGGAGAAAGCGAUGAAGGAGGCGUUCAAGGACGAGAGAACCGGUCGCAGCCUGACGCUGAAAGACACGCUCAAACCGGUUUUGAUCCCCUGCUACGACCUCUCCAGUGCGGCGCCGUUUUUGUUCUCGCGAGCGGACGCUCUUGAGAGCGACAGCUUCGAUUUCAAUCUAUGGGAGGUGUGCUUGGCGACGGCGGCCGAGCCGGUCGUAUUCGACCCGGUUUGCAUGAAAUCGGUUGACGGUUUGACCCGGUGCGUGGGGCUAGACGGCGGAUUGGCGAUGAGCAACCCUACAGCGGCGGCGAUCACUCAUGUUCUCCACAACAAACAGGAGUUUCCGUUUGUGAGAGGAGUGGAGGAUAUUUUGGUCCUUUCAGUCGGCGCCGGCGGGCAGCUAAUGGAAGGCAGCUUUGACUAUGAGCAGGUCAAGACAUGGAAGGCCAAGGAUUGGGCGCGGCCGUUAGCACGGAUUUCCGGCGACAGCGCGGCGGAGAUGGUUGACCAUGCUGUGGCCAUGGCGUUCGGGCAGAGCCGCAGCAGCAAUUACGUCAGAGUUCAGGCAAGCUGUUCCAGCUUCGGCCAAUGUAGUGCAAAUGUCGAUUCAGACCCCAGCCCAAGCAACGUAAAAAUGCUAAUGGGGAUAGCAGACGAGAUGCUGAAGCAGAAAAAUGUAGAGUCUGUCCUGUUCAGUGGUAAGAAGAUUGGAGAGCAGAGCAACUUGGAGAAACUCGACUGGUUUGCCGACCAACUUGUGCUGGAGCAUCAGAAGAGGAGUUGCCGGAUAGCUCCCACUGUCGCGUUCAAGCAACCAAGCAGGCCUUAAGCAACUUUCGACUACUCAAAAUACUCAUCAAGUAAGGAAAAUUAAAUGGUAAGCUUUCUCCUUUCGAGCACUACUACUUUAUCUUAAAGUUUACUAGAAUGACAUAUCCUGCUGAAAUCAACCAGGCCCCAUAAAUUGAUAAAUAUGUCGUCGCACCAAAUGUUUUCCAUCCUACAUUAUGAAUUUGAUAAUACUAAUCACAAAAAGAUACCAGCCUUUGUCUGCUUCUGCUACCCCGUGGGCUCUGUCUUGUCAUUUUCUACCGAUUUCAGAAAUAAUAAAAGCUGACGAGGAGUUUCGGUUGUUGCAAUAGUAAAUGUUCUUUAACUAGUGUUGGAGAUGAAAUCUCAGCCUAACAUCCUAAUCUUGCUGUCCGCCCACCGACACUGCUUCUAGGAGGUGAUAACAGAGAGGGGUAUUUCAGUCAUUCUGUCCAGUAUGGUAGGCCUUUUUGAAAGGGUAGGGAAGAGUCCUUGUAUUGUGGACUCACAAUUCCGUAGUCCGUAUUGAGAGAGGAAAUCUCUGGUCCUAGUUUGUUUUGUCUCUUAAACCAAUGCUCUUAAACACACAUUUUUUCGAUCAAGUUGAUUUUAACAAAUCGAUGCUUGGCCCAUUUUAGUCUCUCUCUUUCUCACUAGGGUCCGGCCACUUUUUUGGUGGGAGCCAUUGUGAUAAAUGGCAGUAUUCUUACUCCUAGAAACAGCCAUCUUCCUGUAGCUAAUAUGGCCCUUAGGAUUUUGACCUUGAUUUGUGUUAGUUGGCCAAAAUCGUAGAGAAAAUCACAUUUCACACCAGAUGGCCUUGAAAUUUCAAUCAAUUGCCGACAGAAACCAAUUUGAAGUACAGGUGUCGUAUAAUUGUGCAAGAUAUAGAUGUCGUCUACAUCCAAUAAAGUCGGUAUGCUUUGGCCGAAAGUGUUUAACAUAUGUAAGCAUUAUGUCUAAAUAGUUGAAGAUACAUAACACGACAAACAUUUAAAUAUAUGUAGACAUUUGUCCUGUAAGAAUGUAGAAAGAACCUAGCUACAACAUCAUCACCAAUAACAUUAGCAUACUAGUUUCUUUUGGAGAUUGGUGGAAUGAUCUUGAAUCCUAAGUAGUCAAAGAAUUCCUCCCACUUUUCUAGCUUGCUGUCUGAACUAUUACAUUAGUUUAAUAUAUUGGCAUUGACAAAGGCAAUAGUACCACCAAGCUGUGUAUGAUUUGAGAAGAAUUAAUUGGUAGUCAAAAGGUCGUUUUUUCAAAAGAAGAGAAAGUGCAUGGCAGAAUGAAAAUACGCAAACUUCCAUAAUUUACUGAGUUUGUGAUAAAGGUGAAAGUAAAAACAGAAAAGAAUUACUGGCAUUACUGAGUGUGAAAAUUUGAGGAGCAACUGAUUAAAGCAAUCCAACACAAUGAUGUUUGCAUGUUUGAAUAUUUGUCUUGACUUUUCACAGAGCAAGUGGUUCUCAUUCUUGCAGUUUUUGUGACCUUUUGCAGGUAAAUGUGUAUGGUAUGAAUUGGGCACAAGUAAAAAAGAGGAAAACGGAAAAAGAGAAAAAAAAUUGUAAAGUGAUAUAUAUAGCGACUUUCACAUUUUGAGAAGGAUAGGGAGAUGGGAGAAGUGGGGUUUGAGUUUCUGUUGUAAAAAAAAGGGUGGUGGGUGGAUCUUGGUGGGAUUCUUUGCCGGCAGCGGCGGAGCAUGGUGGUAGCCGCCUCACCACGCGCGGUGGUCUUACUAAAGUUGUACCUUUUUCUCUUCUUUAUUUGGAUGAUGAAAAAAGUUCUACUAUUCUAGCCGAAGUUCUUGGUGGGUUA